UUUAUAUAUUAUCAAUAUGUUAUCGGCAGGGAAAAACAAUAGGCGGCCCAUUCAUCAUCCUGGACGUAUCGAUCAGUUGCGAGUAGCGAAAACAAUUAUAAAAUCCAUCGGUUAAUCGUAUUCAAAUGUAAUCGCAAUAUUUGAUUAUUUUGCACAAUGCGCGAUAACGAAAAACAUGUAGCGGAUUAAAGGAGCAUAAAGGAGUUCACUCCCCUUAAUUCUGCCUCACGAAGCAUCCCUUUAAUGGAUCGGCCGUUCGUAAUGCGUGCUCCUGUUAUUUUCAUUUGGUCGAAGUACGAUUUUUUUACUUCGCUAAGUUGUUUACAUCAGAGAAAGAGAGAGAGACGCAACUGAAGAAGAUCCAGGACAGAAAAACAUUAUAAAAAUAUGAAAAUAGAGAUAACAUAAUUAAGAUAGGAAAAGAAUGUUAUCAUAUAAGAAUAAAUGUGCUAUUGGUAAAAGUAAAUCUCUCUCUCUCGUAUUGUGAUUGUCUCGAAAAGAUAGUAAUUUCUCGUUUAUCAUCGUGUUCCGUUUUAUACACAUUACAAUUCGUUUCGCUGCUCGCACGCAUUGCUUUUGCGUCAUUACAUUAAUACAAUUGAACGGAUAUUCGCAUUUGCGAAAAAGGGCGCUCAUGUAACUACAAAUUGCACGCUUCAAAAGAUACUCAGCAAAUUGAGUAUGACAUAUAUUAUUGAUCAUCCACUUUUCGUUAUACGCGGUAUGUUAUAUAAAAAGUUGUUCAUAUAUGCAUGUGUAUGAAGCUUCAGAUAUAUCAUCGCAACUAUAUCUAUAUCGAACCUAUAUCGCCUGUUGCGCGAAAAAGCUUCUGUAUAUUUCUAUCUCCAUUUUCAAUAACAUAAUAAAAUCUCGAUUGAUUGCAAGUGAUCUCGCUAAAUAUUAAGAUAUUUAAUUCAAUUAUCAUAUGAAGCUAACACUUAAUAUGAAGCUAACAUGAUUUACACGAUAACAAACAAUUCUUAAUAAAUCAACUUUUGACAAAGAUUUCAAAGAGAUGAUAAUUCUAACGAUUUAUUUCAGCUUGUACUUGAAGAAUAUGUCAAUCAAAACAUAUAGAACUGUGCAAAUUUUCUUCUACUGUACAUUGAGAUUUUAAGACACUAUUCUUCAUAGAUUUCAAAAUACUAUUCGUGAAAAUAUUAUAUUUAUGAAAACUAUGAUUUGCGUUACAUUUCAAUAUGUAACAUUACGUUUUUAAUAUUUUUAUUAGUGCACGUCGGUAGAAAUCCAAUCAUUGGCCAUUCAUCGAUGCAAUUAACGCGUCAUUAUUUCGAGUCGUUGCACGCAGGAUGCAUCUCCAUACUCGUACCAUCUCGAAUGCGUAAUUAUUUUUGCAAUUCGUCGCUAAUUGCACGUACGCGCGGAUGCAGAAUAUUCACUAUGGAGCUUCGCGUUUCACUCAAGGACGCAGCAGGACAUAUAUUGUACAUGCGUCACACGUGCAACUGCACGCGAGAAAGCACAUUCAAUGUUUCCUCGCAUCCACUCUCAGUAAUCCGAUCGCAUCAUGUUUACGCUGUGAUAUACAUACAAUCCAUCACGCAGUUCAGUUUGUGCGUCUUCAUAGAUUAAUAUUAAUCGUAGAAUCUAAUAAAUAUUGCAUACUAUUAGUGGACAGCAUAAUCAUCUUAAUCUUAUCAUAGACAUUGUGUGUUGGACAAACCUAAAUCUCUCUGUGCCAAAUAAAGUAUGUUCUUCACCACGUAAGAUGCGAAGUUGGUACAAAAUGAGAAUUGAAAAAAAAAAUUGAUAUGGCAUUCGAUUGUCCACAAUUUGUGGGACGUGUGACAAAAUUUGCUGAAUUUUCUUUAUCAUUCCUUUCCGAUUUCCGAUACAGCAUCGGAGCUCAGCCCUGAUGAUGCGGACUGCAAUGUCUGCGAAACGUUGGCACCAAGCUAUCAUGAAACGCGUUAUCCAUCAUGCAGCGGAGCAAUGGCACCAGGUUUAGCGGCGGACAUGCAUUUUCAAGACAAUGUGAUUGCUUUUAUCGGACCGGCUUGUGCGUUUGCUUUAGAACCCGUGGCACGACUUGCAGCGUACUGGAACAGUCCGAUUAUUACUGGCAUGGGUGAUCAACCUCCCUCGGACGGUGAACUGUCUGUCACGUCUGGUAUUCUUGGACGAAUCCAUAAAUGGAAAAAUGAAACCUCGGGAAUUUUUAAAGACAAAAGCAAGUAUCCCACUUUAACGAGAAUGUCGUACUGCCAGUGUCGAUUGCGACUCGUUUUCUCCAGCGUGUUCAAAGAAUUCGGAUGGUCUCACGUUGCGCUAAUAUUGGACAGAUCGGACCUGUUCUCUUUGACAGUAGGAAAAAAUUUGGAGUACGGUCUGCGUAAGGAGGGACUCUUGAAGUUCGUCAGAGAAUUGGACGGGAACUCCGAGGACGAGUCGUAUCACCUAUACUUACGUGACGCGAGUAUGUACGCCAGAAUCGUGAUACUCAGCGUUCGUGGAACGCUGGUCAGGAAAUUUAUGUUGGCCGCCCAUGAAUUGGAAAUGACAAGGGGCGACUGGGCUUUCCUGGACGUCGAGAUAUUUCACGGCUCAUAUUGGGGCGAUCAUGACUGGGAGGUCGGAGAUGCGGACGACGCCGCUGCGAGAAAAGCUUAUGAGGCUUUACUGAGAGUAUCGCUUCUUCAACCAACCAGUCCACGAUUUCAGGAUUUCGCCGACAACGUUCGACAACGCGCACAAUCUGAUUACAAUUACACAUUCUCAGAAGGUGAAGAGGUGAAUUUCUUCGUCGGGGCGUUUUACGACGGUGUAUACUUGUUAGGAAUCGCAUUAAACGAGACCUUAGCCGAGGGUGGCGAUAUCAGAGACGGUAUAUCUAUAACUAGAAGAAUGUGGGAUCGCGACUUCAUCGGCAUUACGGGCCACGUCAGGAUAGACGACAAUGGGGAUCGUGAUGCGGAUUACAGCAUUCUCGAUUUAGACCCCAUUACCGGAAGGUUCGAAGUGGUGGCUCAUUAUCUGAGGUUAAAUCGAGAAUAUAAUCCUAUGCCUGGUAAAAAGAUUCACUGGCCGGGGGGAAGAGAAGGGCCUCCACGAGAUAUUCCGGAAUGCGGCUUUUUAGGGAACGAUCCAGCUUGUACGUCAAGAACAGAAGCUUAUACGUUUGUAGCUUACACAUGCGCGGCGCUCGCUGUAUUUCUGCUCGCUACGAUUACAGCUGCGUGUCUUUUGUACAGGCAUUUGCGAUUGUCCGCCGAUCUAAAUAACAUGUCUUGGCGCGUGAGACCUGAGGAAUUACUCUUGGAAGUUGGAAAGCAGUUCUCGUCGAAGAUAAAUCUCCAUCAAGCAAUAUCCGAUACAAAUAAUUUUGGAGUGGAACAAAGAAUACGUCGCGGAUCUCAAAUCAGUUGCGAGUCUUUGCCACCGACAACGGUUUUCACCACUGUUGGGAUAUAUAAAGGUGAGAGAGUGGCUAUUAAGACGAUCACCAUGAAGAAAGUGGUGGACAUCACAAAGAAACUGCUCUGGGAAAUCAAACAAGUCAGAGAUGUUACGUCGGAGAACACCGUGAGAUUCAUCGGUGCUUGCAUCUGCUCGCCGACACCGACAGUUUUAAUCCUCACAGAGUACUGUCCACGAGGAUCGUUGAAGGAUGUUUUAGAAAACGAGGCGAUCAAGCUAGACUGGAAUUUCCGAAUGUCUCUGAUCCACGAUAUCGUCAAGGGAAUGUCUUACCUUCACGCCAGCGAGGUUUCCGCUCAUGGGAAGUUACGAUCAUGCAAUUGCCUCAUCGAUGGUCGUUUCGUGCUGAAAAUCUCGGACUUUGGUCUUAAAACUCUCACCACACCCUCCGAUCUAAUCAUGGACGAGAACUAUUACACGAAAUUAUUUUGGAUCGCUCCAGAAGUCCUGCCGUUAAUGGUGACGCCCGGAAGCGCCGCGACCCAAAAGGGUGACGUUUACAGCUUCGCGAUUAUCCUGGAGGAAAUAGUGCUGCGUGGUGGCCCGUAUGUGGUAGCUAGAACGUUUAUGACGGCGCAAGAGAUCAUGAGCAGAGUGUUAGCGUCCGAGACUCCACCAUUCAGACCGGAAGUCGAUCCGAAGGAUUGUCCCUCGGACAUACUGUCGCUGAUGGAAAAAUGCUGGCAUGAAAUUCCCGAGGAACGACCUAGUUUCCACACGAUACGCGGCACGAUAGCGGGAAUCAUGAAGGGAUACUGCGAAAAUCUAAUGGACGAUCUACUACGAAGGAUGGAGCAAUACGCUAAUAAUUUGGAGGCUCUCGUCGAAGAAAAGACCGAGCAGCUAAGCUUGGAGAAACGUCGCAGUGAAGAACUGUUGUACCAAGUGCUUCCGAGGCAAGUUGCUGGUCAACUGAUGGCUGGAGAGAUGGUACAACCGGAGCAAUUUGAGUGCGUUACCAUUUAUUUCAGCGAUAUCGUCGGUUUCACGGCCUUGUGCGCGCAAAGCACGCCCAUGGAAGUUGUAGAUUUCCUGAAUGACCUGUACAGCACUUUCGACAAUAUUAUCGGAUUCUACGACGUUUAUAAGGUGGAAACUAUAGGAGAUGCGUACAUGGUGGCGUCUGGUCUCCCGGAGAGGAAUGGCGAUGAACAUGCGAGGGAAAUUGGCCUGAUGGCUUUGGCGAUAUUGGACGCCGUCAAAUCGUUCACCAUAAUGCAUAAACAAAAUACUCAAUUGAGCGUUCGAAUCGGCGUACACAGUGGUCCAGUUUGCGCCGGAGUAGUAGGUCAGAGAAUGCCGCAUUAUUGUCUCUUUGGCGACACCGUGAAUACAGCGUCUCGAAUGGAAUCGUCUGGACUCCCUCUGAGGAUACACGUCUCUGAAGCAACGAAAAACAUCUUGGACAAGUUCGGGACGUUCGACCUCGAACUCAGAGGGGAAGUGGAGUUGAAGGGAAAGGGCAGGGUGACGUCUUACUGGUUAACGGGUUGCUCGGAGCCUGAUUCCAGAUUAACCGUGCCGAAAUAUCGCAGACUCAGUAGCAGUCAACCCGAGAACAAUUUGAAUCCAUUAAUUUUUCCGCCGAACAACACGAACGGCCCGAAAACGAGCAACAACACAUUCAUUAAUUUAGCAGAAUUGUAA